AUGGGUGGAAGAGAGAGCUCUCUUAAGGAUCAAGCUUGGUGUUCAAAUAAUAAUAUGAAUUGCAGGAAUUGGUUCACUGAAGUAGAAAAUGUAAAUACUGAGGCUAAGCGAACCUCGCCAAUGCCUAAAACAGAGUUGCAAUAAUUGCUAAAAGACUAAAAGCAAAUGGGAAAGCUGAAUCAUAAUGUUCAAACUACUCAGCAGUCUACUCUGCCUGGUACUGGCAACUACAAGAACGACAUAUUUGCAAGUGACGAAUAAAGACUAGAUUUUAAGUCAGCGUUAAAGCAGUAAAACAGAAUUGAUAGAUUAAGCAUGCUGGUAGGCAAGGCUCCCCGCUUGGAGUUAAAGGUUUUGAGUUCAGCUUUUUUGGAAAAAGGAGAGGUUUUGUAUUUAAAUCCACUGGGUUUGGAAGAGAACAGAUCUUUAAGAAAAGUGAGUGACGGCUUUACAUACUUCGGGUGCAAGAAGGCAAUCAGAAAAACGCCUAAAGUAAUCAACUCCUAAAAUCAGAUAAAAGUUUAUAAAAAACAGUCGCAGAUAAUUGACAAUAACUCCAACCUGAAAAACACAGAUAACUUUUCUGCUUAGAUGGGAGCUACAGGUGCAAGUCUAGAUGAAAUGAAUGACUCCAAGAAUGUCUCGUAUGAUAAGGAGAUAGUAAAUGAUUUUGUCAUUCCCACUAAAAACGAGGAGGAGAAGGAGAAACACAGAGGUAGGCAGUUUCAAAUCUACUUUGACCCUGACUCUUUCAAUUAUAAGAUUAAAGAUCUAGGAGUAGGCUACGGUGCAUUCGUUAAGUUGACCAGACCAAUUGUCUUAAGAGACAAUUUCCUGCUGAAUAUGGGCGAGUCUUACAUCGUUGCAAAUCUUUUCAAAUCCUAAGAUGAUAUGAUCGGAAUUGUAGGAGUCAAUAAAGUACCAAUGAAACUUAGAUUAAAAAUAUUCUCAGUAGUCAAAGCAGAUUAACCAGAUGUCUUUUCAUGCUAAAACGAGCAAUAAGAAAUUAUAAUUGGAAGAACUCCAAACUGUGAUAUAAGAAUAGAGGACAAACUGCUGUCAAAGGCUUAGGCGACAAUUAGAUUUGAUGGAGACAACUGGGUUCUCUAAGAUGGCUUUGAAGGUAGAGAGAGUACCAAUGGCACCUGGCUAUAUCUAAACGAAGACUGCGAUAUUGAGAAUGGUAUGGUUUUCAAAAGUAAUCAGACCUUCUUCGAGGCAACUAUCUUAUAGCAAGAUUCUUGA